AUGGAUUAUGAGCCUGUGAUGAACAAACUUAUAAAGAAGGUGGUAAGGAAGUUCUACGAGCCGCAUCAUGUUGUCAUAACCGACAUUCUACUUAAGAAGACUCUUCUUUACGAUACUGAGCUCUGUGAAAGAAUGAAGAUGCUUUCGAAGGAGGUCAAUCGGUUAGUCAUAAAGCUGAAGGAAGACAAGAUGAUUAAGUAUGAAACAAAGGUGGAGAAUAGAGAAGACAACGGACAGAUCUUGCGCACUGUGUACUACAUCAACUACGCUGAGGUUCGGGAUGUUAUAAAGUACAAGAUAUUCAAGAUGACAAAGAAUCUGGAGAACAGCAUAAAGAUGGCACAAACAGAAGGAUAUAUGUGCAUGGAGUGUGGGAGGGAGUAUAGUUCCUUAGAUGCACAGAGUCUUAUGGAAAACUACGUAUUCAAAUGUGAGGACUGCAAGGGGGAUCUUGUGGAAAAUAAGAAGGACAGAAGUGCCGAUUGUAUGAUGUAUUCGAACUUGAUGUCUGAGCUGGAUGACAUUGUUCUUUUAUUGAAGGAGACAGAUAAGUUCAGCAUUCCAUCGAUGGACUACUUCCAAGUUCUCCAAAUGAAAAAGGAAAAGGAGGAUAAGCAAGCGCCAGCCCCGAAAGAAGAAGAGGUUUCUCAGGUGGCUUUUCCAUCUGUGCAAGAGUUUGAUGUGGGAAAGACCUAUGCUGCCGACACUAGGAAUGAUCACAAGAAGGAUAUAAAGAUAGAUGAAUAUGUAACUGUGAAUGGGGUUAAGAAGUUAUUUUCUGAUGUUACUGAGGAAGACAAAGAAAUGAUGAAUGAGACUGAAUACGAGGAGUAUUAUGAGAUAUAUUCCAGAUAUCAUGAGGACUAG